CAUCGAUUCGGUGCCCAUCAUCUGAAAGAGCUCACACACUCACCUUUAAUGAUAUAUUAAUCAUAAGCAAACAGAAAACUAUGCCAGUAAUGGAAAAUAAGUGAGUGGUGAAGAAUAGCUUCAAGCUCUGAUAAAAAUGAUGUAUUGUAUACUGAAGUUGUUGGAGAUUGACGUUAAUAGUUCACAUUGUUUUAGUUACAGGAACUAGGGUUUUAUGGCAGGUAGCAUUUCCCAUCACUGACCGAGAAAGAAUCAACUAUCAGUAGGAUGUUUUAAAAUUUCCAAUAGUCAGAGGAUCUUUUUGUAAAGAGUAUUUAAUUGGAUGGACAUGAACAAAUGGCUGUCUCGUUGGAUACUGUUCCUGGUUGUAGUAACGGUUGUUACAGUUUUGUUAAUAAAACAAAUGAUAACCAAAUUUGACCCAGAAAUUAUUACCUACAUCGGCGAUAACAGAAAUUUGACGCCAGAGGACGCCAUCAAUCGUAAACCUUUGGCAAGUAUUACGGGAAACAUUAUCCAACAUUCAGUUGUUGGUUUUAAACUCUCAACGGCCGAAAUGAUGCUUUCCGACCCAUUAGAGGACGCUAAGUGCAAACCGAAAAUAUACAUAGCGUUUUUAAAGGUCCACAAAACCGGGAGUUCUACAAUAAUGAAUAUGCUUUACAGAUAUGCAGAAAGAUUUAACCUUAAUUUGGUUCUUCCUAAUUCGACUGGUGGAAACUUUAACUAUCUAGGAUACGGAACAACAUUAAAUUCAUUGCAACUGGUGCCGAUACCUGCCGGAGAAAAAUACAAUAUUUUAUGCAACCACGUGGUAUACGACAAAUUGGCCCUCCGUGCUGUCAUGCCUAAGGAGACUCUGUAUAUUGGGAUAUUACGAGACCCCGUAGCAAACUUUAUGUCUGCUUUCUCAUACUAUGGGGGCGGGAGAUUUAUGCAGUCGAAAGUACCUGGCAAGAGUCUUUCAGAAUUUGAUUUAAUGAGAACUUUCCUUGAAAAUCCACGGAAAUAUAAUUCAUCAGGAAUAACAUAUUACGUCCACAACAAAAUGUCGUUUGAUUAUGGAUUAGAUAGAGGUGAUUUUGACAAAGAUAUUGCCAUUACAAAAUUCAUCUCAGACCUUGAUAAAGAUUUUACUCUGAUAAUCAUACUAGAAUAUCUGGACGAAUCAUUGGUUUUAUUGAAAAGAUUGUUAUGUUGGGAAAUGCAUGACAUUUUAUAUCUGCCAACAAAUGUGAGAUUUUCACCGAUAUCACAACAAUUUAAAACUGAAGAAUUAAGUAAUUCCACCAUUGAAAAUUUAGAGAAAUAUAACAAAGCUGAUUUUAUGCUUUACACGUUUUUCAAACAGCGGCUUUUGUCUCAAAUCAGCGACUUGAAAUAUGAUUUUAAAUCUGAAGUCAUGCAAUUUCAGGUAAUACAAACUAAACUUGCAGAUUUCUGUCGAGGGAUUCCGAGAAUGGGAAAGAUUUUGACAGUUGCUGCUAGUAUGUGGCAUCGAUCGUUUAACGUGACAAGAGAAACGUGUAUUACCAUGAUGCGGGACGAACUAGAUCUUGUGAGGGAAAAGAUACUUCUUGCCAUGGAUAAAUAUAUGAAUUGGCUAAGAACAAAAAAUAAAUCAUGAUACUUUC